CGACAACCGAGUGACUGUGACCUUGGAGUUAAACAUUUACUUUGAAAAAUGAGAUUGAUUAUUAGAGAUGAUAAAUCUUCUGUUGGUGCAUUCACAGCAACUUAUAUCGCAAAGCGUAUCAAUGAGUUUAAACCAACAGAAGAUCACCCUAACUUCGUACUUGGUUUGCCAACUGGUAGCUCACCACUGCCUGUUUAUCACAAAUUGAUUGAACUUUACGUGCGCGAUAAAGUAUCUUUCAAGGACGUUAUUACAUUUAACAUGGACGAGUAUGUUGGCAUUCCAAAAUCACACCCUGAAUCAUACCAUUCUUUUAUGUUUGACAAUUUUUUCUCCAAAGUUGACAUUGAUCCAAAGAACGCUCAUAUUUUAAAUGGUGAAGCAGAUAACCUGGUUGAAGAAUGUGAGAAAUACGAAGAACUAAUCGAAUCAGUUGGUGGUAUCGAUCUCUUCUUGGGCGGAAUUGGAGAAGACGGACACAUUGCAUUCAAUGAACCAGGAUCAUCACUCGCUUCACGCACACGUAUGAAAACUCUCGCUUAUGACACCAUUGUCGCGAAUGCGCGCUUUUUCGACAAUGACAUACAAAAGGUACCAAGAAUGGCGCUCACAGUUGGUAUUGCUACAGUCAUGUCUGCUCGUGAAGUUAUUAUUCUCAUCACAGGCAAGCAUAAAGCACCAGCACUUGCAAAGUCUAUCGAAGAAGGUAUGAACCACAUGUGGACAGUCAGUGCAAUCCAACAACACCCAUGGGCUAUGGUAGUUGCUGAUGAAGAUGCCACACUCGAACUUCGCGUCGGUACUGUUCGUUACUUUAAGAGUAUAGAAAGUGUUCAAGCAGAACAAGAACUUAAAUACGGUAAUGCGGCACUUAGACCAAAGCAGAGAUCAAUACACGCAUCAUCACCACGUUUCUAAUGACUUGGUUGCUUAUUUUACGUUUUUAUCUUUUUCACAUAUGCAUCUUCCAUUCUUAUCUU